AUGCUGGGGAGAUUGAUUCAGGGCUAUGCCAGAGGUGGCCAGCUCGAGAGUGCGACAGAAGAAAACCACACUCGCAGUCUGCUUUGGCCAGAAUUGCAUGGGGAUGGGCGUGCCGGUUCUCUAUCACCACCGAGUACCCCAUAUGGCUCUCCUACAACCCGUGUCUCGCCUUUCGAUGAUCGAACUGGGCUGGAGUUGAACGAGUCGAAAGACUUGAGGUUGAUUGUCGCCCAAGAUGCGUUCGGAACCAACGACCGCCCAUUGCUCCUCUUUGACACCCAAUUUGUCGAGCCCAAGGAGCCUAAUCUGUCUCAAGGCGCCCAUGUCCCCUCUCCUGCGCCGGGGGCACCUCACCGUGCAGGACCUUCCAUUCCCAUUCUGGGACAUGUGAGAAACCGAAGCUCUACCAUUUCAGGUGCGUCGGCGUCUUGGGCGCGCCCUCAUAAAGAGUCGGAGCCCACGGAUCACCUCGGCAAUGUCCUGGACUGCAUGUUUGGCGUUAGCAGUGCUGCGAAGUCUGGGUCCAGCACAAAAUUGCACUUCCUCCCAGGCGAUCGGGGUCCUGCGAGCGACCUCAGUUCGCGAGCACCAUCUUCAAACGUGCCCAGCACAGCGCCUUCUCGUGCUCCCCUCUUGAGAGCGAGGACGGCUACGACUAACUUCAACAACCAGAGUCAAAGCAUCCCUUCCAAAGAAUCCGAGCCAGAGCCGCGAGACGCUGUUCUGGUCACUCGUAUGUUUCCCGUUACACUCCCCGAAGCCCAGGAUGAUCUCAGGCAGCGUCGAAGGUCUUCUGUGGAACAGGCCAACUCAAUUAGCCCGCUGUCCCAGGGCCCUGAGCACCAGAUGAGCUCGCCGCUGCAGAGCAAGAAGCCGAAACUUGUAGAGAAAAAGACUCCGGUCUUUGCGAUCGGCUUGCUAUUUUACUUACCCCGCCCGGGUGAUGUGCGUCCAAAUACCUCAUCUGUCCGCCCGUCGUCAAGAGCUUCCUUUACGCCGUCAUCAACCCCCAAUUCUCAUGGAUCAGGCUCCUUUUCUUCCUGGACAUUCCUGAAUGCCAUUCCCGAACACUUGUGGUCCUAUGAGGAUUCCAGCCAGUUGACUGAUCGUGGCAUUGAUAUUAUCGUCAGAAAUUGGGAGGUUAUUCUGAGGAGCCUCACUGUUGUUGAGACGCUGGCCCGUUCCGAGAUUGCCGAGCUCCUGCAGGAAGUGAACCUGGCGCUGAUCACCUCCGCGGCGAAAGCACCAAAAGGCCCGUCCGAACAACGUACGAAUCAACGGAAUGUCUAUCUUCGAUCUCCAAACAGAUUGGCCCAGGUGUCCGAACUGCAACGCGCCGCGAGGCAUACUUUAUGGAGGGUUUCCUACGCAUUGCGCAUUCCGCGAGUGCUUACUGGCCUAGGGCUUGACAAUGGAGGCCACUGGCUCGACGAAGCACGGUAUCUCGUCCGAGUGUGCGGGAAUAAACAGCAGAAUUUCUUUCUUUUCAAUCUCUUAACCGCGUUUCUAGGCAACCAUACUGAAUGGCUUGAAAGAUUAGGGCCAGAUUGGUAUCGACGACAGUUCAGAGCUUUGCAUAAAGGCAAAUCUCGUCCCAACAACCUGGCGUCCCGCACAGUCAUAGUCUGCGAAAGCCGAUCAAUGGCUCGGCGCAUCAUUUUUCUGCUGGCAUCAUUUUUGCCGCGAAAUGCUAUCUCGAAGCUACCGACCGAGGUCAUGUCGCCCCUGCUCACGCCCGAUAUCAGCUCCUCUUCGCCAGUCAACAGGAUCCUCAUGGACGGAUCCCUUCAUCGCCACGCCCAUCACAAGUCCCGAGACGGAACCGUCACCGUCGAUCGCCGCGACGGUGCGUGGUUGUCCAGCAGCGUCUCAUCAUCCGAGAGCGCCGCUGCGAUUGCUAGAGCCUUCCGCGCAAGUUCUCGGUCGGAGUUCACCCUCGCCGAGCUCGCCCAAAGCAUCAGACUUGCAUCCGUGUUUUCUCCAACAGAUAAUAGCGGCAGCCUCCGCAAGACGAUUGCCACUAGUUCGACAGCCACUCCCGGCCUGGGCACGCCUGUUCCGCACUUUGCGACCAAGGCUGACGACAGCUACUUUCCUGAAGGCGAAGUCGUGGGUGGUGAAGAGACUGGUGCCAGCGCCGAUCUUGCUCGAAUCUUGAGGCGCAACAGCGUCAGUCAAUCACAAUCCCAACAGUCUAGUAUGAAUUGGGGCUCAUUGAUCAGCAACGUUUCGGGGCUGUGGAACAAAAGGCAAGACUCAACCGCUUCAACGAACGAGCACACGAGUUCGUCCGGCACCGGGAGCUUGAGUGAUCGUCGCAGACUUGCUCCCAGGUCAGUACCAAUCCAUGGCAUUCGGCCAAGCGGAUUGGAAGCCAUGGUCGAUGAAGCUGGUCGCCUUCGAAAGAGUAAACUACUCGGCCAGGACGACGAUCCCACAAAUUUGUGUCGACCGUCGACGUUCCCAAACGAAGUACAUCCUCCACGGCUCACCGUUGACGAGAGGGAUGGCGUUGUUGAUGUGGAUAUCAAUAUUCCUGGUUUCAUAGGCUGGAACGAGGGGAAAGCCUCUUCUCCCCCACCAUGGCCGCAUCAUCGUUCCCCAUCAUUUGCGAGUGUGGAUGAGGCAGGUUCGUCGUACAGCUCACACUCGCGCCACGCCGAUUUGACAGGGUCGAAAGUUUCAAAUGUCGCAGGCUAUUUGAAACGAUUUCAUGAAGACUUUAUCCUGCAGGGAGUCAAGCCGUACAGCGAGCUUCAAGACGAAAUCAGGCAGAGCAUGUCAAGAGAACCAACUCCUUCUGAUAACAUCUCUAUUUACCCCUCAGACACCCGCGACGGGAGUGAACAAUGGGUUACUGUUUGCACGACGUUGCUUGCCGACCUUCGGAACUUUAACAUUCAGCGUCUGACUUUAAGACGAUUGGCACAGCGAGGGGCGGGAGAUGAAACAGCUCCAGCUGCUUCAGCUGCUCAGAGCCAGUCAAGAUCAGAAGGCGCCUCGGGAAUAUCUGGGGCAGAAUCCAAUAUCCGGUCCGAAUCAUCGGUGUCUCAGCUGGAGCAGUUUGACAGUGAAAUAGUCAUGGACUUCGAUACAACACUUACUGAUGCAAUCGAACGUGUUCUCAAUGAGACAGAGCCGGGCAAACAGAAAUCGGUUGCUCCAACCAGGACACACUCUCGAACUGCGUCUGGCGCGACGACUACGUCUUCGGUGAAGUCGCUGCCGCUGGAGAUUUCGGGCCCUGGAAAGGUGAGAGACUGGCAUCGCACAACUACAUUGUCGCAGUCAGAUUGCCGACAAGUAGUAGUUGGCGCUCUCGAGGAAGUUGUGAAGAGUGUUAAUGACGAUUUGACGAAAUAUAACCGAGCUCGAGACACUGAUGGACACAUCAAGAUCCACGGUGAUGCCUUGAAUCAGGAAAUGAAGCAAGACAAUGUGUUACGCGAGGGAGUGAAGAAGUGGCUGCUCAAUGUUGAAACGAGGAGUGUGUGGUAA